UAUAUCGGGAUCGGACAGUUCUAAUUCUACAUACAGCUUCGACAUUUAUCUGCUGAUUCGGAUAAGUUGUGAAGCUUUUUCCUGUAAGUUUUUCUGGGGUUGGAGCCACACUUAUGAAGUUGAACCUUUGAAAAACAGAGGCGUUUUCAGAUGGAUGCGCUUUUGAAUCUUGGGACAUGAGAACCAAAGACAACAAAUUGAUGAAACCUUUCCUUAAAAAAAAAACACACACCACCAUCUACAGGCUUUGCAAGAUCUUGGACUUUGGACCUAAUGGGCGAGUCACUGUCACGAUUACAUCAUAAAAUGAAUGUACAAAUAAAUACUUGGGAAUUAUAAUACAAGACAAUGAAAAUCAAACAUGUACAUGUGAGCUGUAUUUCACCAGAAGCUGAUCGAUUCUUUAAAAUCUGCUGUUUUGAUGUCUUAUAAAUCAUUCCCCAGCCUUCUUCAUCUCUGUAAUUGUGAUUAGUUACCAUGACAGCAGACAGUCCUGACAUUGGUGAUACCACCAACGCUCUACGAAAAACACCAUCGAGAGAACUUGAACUCGACUUCACAGUACCUCAUCAAGGUGCGGGCAAUGCUCAGCCCCGUGAAAGCAUCCAGAGUGAUGUCUUGAACCAAACUCAGCCAGAGGAGACAACUACUUGUGGAAUAUGCGUCAAAGGAGGGCGCUUUACCACCGUCGAUGCCCUUUUCAUCCUGGGCGGCAUGAUCAUGUACAUCGCCGAUCUCGUGACGGACCUCGUUGUCGGGGUGCAGUAUUUCCGAGAGGGCUAUGCACUGUGGGCUAUCAUGACGUUCAUCUUUGUUCUGCUGCCCUCGCUUGUUCUACAGUAUUUCAGCUUUCGAUGGUUUGUGUCAGAUCUUGAUGAGGAUCCGGAGCAUAAGAAGAAGGGAUUGUUUGCGAAACUGUGGUCUUGGUGUCAAUGGCUGUUUACUCAUGUUUUACAGCUUGGAGCAGUCAAAAGAUAUUGGCGGACCCUAAAAUUUGGGUUGCGGAGUCGCAGAGACCAUGGUUACUACAAACUGAUGAUCUAUGAGUACCGGGAUAUCACCAUGCUGCGUCUCCUAGAGGCCUUCAUGGAAUCGGCUCCUCAGCUUGUUCUUCAAGUGUACAUCAUGGUGGAGAGUGAAGAACUCUACUGGCUAACUGCUGCAUCAGCUAUUGUGUCCCUCAGUUCUCUCGCAUGGGCACUUGAAGCAUACCAUAAGGCUCUGCGGGACUCGCGAGCUGACAAGAAGAAAAUCACAUACUACGGUGUGGCCCUGCGCAUCACUUGGCGACUCUUCACCAUCACUGCUCGCGUCAUUGCCCUUGCCCUGUUUGCAUCAAUCUAUGAGUGGUGGGUCUUUGUCGUGGUUGGUGCACAUUGGGUCAUGAUGACUCUAUGGCUGGUCUGGCAACAGACCGACUUCUGCGAUACAAAAUUUGAGGAAGUCCUCUUUGACGCAGUCAUGGGAAUCAUUCACAUCUUCUGUUUCUUCAACAUGAAGGAGGGUCGGACUCGAUACCGUGCGCUAGUCUUCUACACCAUUAUAUUCAUCGAGAAUACCAUCAUGUUCGGGUUGUGGUAUCACAGACAGGAAUCGAGGGAGAAGAUGUACGGUUUGCCGGCACUUGUUUUCGUCUGGGGCGGGUUCUUCAUAGGUGCCUUCCUCAUGGCAUUUUAUUACCGUUUCUGCCAUCCGACGGGGAAGCUUCCAUUUUGUUUAUGCGGAGUUCAUGAUGAAACGGAAGAUCAGCAGUCACGGAAGGAAACGGUGUCCAAUCAUGCUGUGGCGUUGAGAAGCUUGUCACAUCAAAGCAAUGGAGGAGUGGCGGUAGAGGGGGGAGAUGAGGUAGAUGGAGGAGGUGAUGAAGUUGAUGGUUGCGCUUAUGCCAAAGACUUAGACGGCAAGCUCAACCAGAAAAUGUCGGAACGCGAUCGAUACUAUGCAAACCUCUUUUCGUACAAAUGGCGACGUCACAUACAUCCGGAACUCCUUCCAAAUGACAGAUUGCAAAGAUAUGUGGAUGGUGUAGUGACAGCCCCACCCAUGUCACCACUGCAUCCAGAAAUGAUAGAUACUAAAGCUGUUUACAGAGUGGAUGCUAAUGAAGUAUCGACACAACCGCAGGCAAAAGACCUGUUAUGAUUUUGAUUUUAGUUUGUGCCAUGUCAGUUUGUACGGGUAGUUACAUCCUUACCUGAUUGGCAGAUAGGUGUCGGGAUUCACCUAUAUCAUGUAAAUUCUCAAUACUGUAUGCCUGGCAUAAGGGCUUUAGCUGAAGCAUGCGCUACUCAAAGUGUUUAGUGCGUGCAAGAUUUAACGCCCUUGCAUCGGGCAUGUAGGGAUGGGAAUUAAUGUACACGCAACUCCUUCCUUCAUUCUGUCAGUCAGGUGAUGUUAUACUUCAUGUGUCAUAUUAAACAACACGUUUGUGUGCCUGUGUCCACUGAAAAUAUAUUAUUGCUCAGAGUAAUGAUGGAUAUUCUCUCAUGUAAAUCUUAGUAUAGUGGGAUUUACACUUUAUUGAAAUCAGAAAGCACAAAUUAAUAUUGCAGUCAUUAUGACGAGAGGCUUGUGGUUCGA